AUGACCUACAUUCACGCUUCUCAUGUUUCAUUUCCUUAUGGUGGUUUUUGGCUUCCCCCAUCGGAGACUACAAAACUGGGAUUUAACUCAAUACAAUUACCAUCUGAUCAAAAUACUAUUUUACACAAUAAAACACAACGUGGAAUCCUCUGGUUGGUCUCUAAUUGCAAUUCAAACUCAAAAAGGGAAGUUGCAGUCGAAGCACUAUCAAAAUAUAUUAAUAUAAAAAUUGGUGGAAAGUGUGGAAAAACACCUGAGGAUCGAAAUCUUUGUCCAAAGGGCAGAGAUUGUAGUUAUUUAUAUUCAAAUUAUUAUUUCUACAUUGCUAUGGAAAAUGAAAUUUGCAAUAAUUAUGUUACUGAAAAAUUUUGGGAAAGAUACACUCUUUCGUCUGUGCCGAUUGUUUUGAAAGCUUCGAUCUAUCAAGGUUUUCCGGACAAUUCUUUCAUUGCAUUGGAUCAAUUUAAAACCCCAAAGCAAAUGGCUGAACAUUUAAAUUGGCUAAUGGAUAACCCUAUUCAGUAUCUGAAAUAUUUUGAAUGGCGUUCCAAAGGUUGGUCAAUUGCUCCUUGGAAUCAUGAAGGAUUUAGAAUUGGGCCGUGUGCUCUCUGUGAGCGGUUGCUACGACUUUCAAAUGGAAGCGAACCUUUUCCAAGCCCAAUUCCAAAUGCUGUAAGAUGGUUUGAAGAGAAUUCUAAUUGUGAAGGUGGAGAUUUUGCGGUGCAAUGGAGUCAACAAAAAUAG